GAUGGAUCAAAUUUAAUUGAGAAUUGGUGCCAACAAUUAAUCUAAUAGGAGCAUUGUAGCAGCAAGAUUAAUACUUAAACUCUCGAAUUUAUCUCGCAUAGAUAAAAAUCCACGACAAAGCAACCUUGCCUUAAUAAAUUGUGCACCUCAAAUUGAAAUGGACAAGUGCAUUAUUUUUUAGGGAACAAUUCCGUAAAUUUCUGUGCAACUUUUCUCAAUGAAAUUUCAUUGCGGAAUGAUGGAAUUAUUUAUAUUAAAGAUACGUAAUUUUUGUUGAAUAUUUCUCCCUGGAAUUUGCAAAGAUUUGAUGUUGUUGAAUGUAAGGGAAAACUUUUGGAACGGAUAGUAUAACAAAGUGCGACAAUCGAUUGGCUUUGUCGAUUCGCGUAAUAAUAUUCGGUGAAGUACGACACUAUCGCAGCGGAUUUAAAAAAACUAUAGUUUAUAUUCUUGAAUAUUCCCCGCUUAAAUGCAGUCAUAUCUCCUCUAGCAUUGGAAUAAUACAGAAGUCCAAGUAACUUAACAAAUUUUUGAAAUUAUGACGCUCUAUAAAGUAGCAGGAAUCGGUAGUAGAAAAAUCAAAAUGAUGAAACUGUUGUGUGUGCAGGAGUGUAAGUUUUGUGGAGUGCAAUUGAGAAAUAAUAAUAGUAAUUGCCAACAAAAUUUUAAUGUCGAAAAAACUUGGGAUGCGAGCAGAGCUAUUAACAAUCAAGGCAAUAUAUUCAAGAGUCCUUUCGAUGAUGUGGAAAUUCCACAUAAUUUUUUGCAUCAGGAGAUGUGGAAUAAUGUUGACAAGUGGUGGAAUAAAAUUGCAAUUGUAAGCGCCGUAAAUGGGAGAUCUUAUUCGUAUGAGGAAUUGAGAAAAUUGUGCGGAAGAUUUGCAACAUCUUUACGACGGAAUAAUUUGGGACCAGGGGAUACACUGGCGAUUAUUCUUCCGAAUAUUCCGGAAUAUGCAAUUGCUUCCUUGGGCGCAAGUGAGGCUGGAAUGAUGAUGACAUUAAUAAGUCCUGCACUGACAGUCUAUGAAAUGAGCCAACAAAUAAUACAUUCAGAGGCCGCUGCUGUAAUUACAACUCAGGAGAUAUAUUCAAUGAUUGUCGAUACUGUCCGUAAAAAUCCUAAGCACUUACCCUUAAUUGUUGUUCCAAAUGGAAACGAGUCAAUUUCUACAGGUGCGAUAAAUUUUACGGAUUUAGUGAGUGACGGAAUUGAUGAAUUCGAAAAGAUUGGAGAACAAUCUAGAAUCUACAAUGAGAAUGACACAGUAAUUCUUCCAUAUUCUAGUGGAACCACGGGAUUGCCGAAAGGUGUUGAGCUCAGUCACAGGAAUAUUAUUGCUAAUAUAGUGCAAGCAUCGCAUAAAGAGUACGAUUUUGAUGAACCGGCCAUCGGCGAACAUCAAGAAAUUAUCCCAGGGUUUCUACCUUUCUACCACAUUUAUGGUUUUGUUGGUUGCCUUCUGAAAAAUCUCAGGAUUGGUGGAAAAAUCAUUUGUGUACCUCAAUUCACAUCAAAUAUAUUCCUAGAUGUCCUGGAUAAAAACCGAUCUACAGUAUUGUACGUUGCUCCUCCAAUUGUUCAACUUAUGACAACUGACAAUAGAUUCAACAGAAAACAUAUGGAAUGUGUCAAGUGCGUCGUGAGUGGUGCUGCUCCAACUGGAACACAACUUAUCACGAAAUUGUACUCGAAAGUAAACUUGAAUUUUCACUUUGGUCAAGCUUACGGUUUGACUGAAACCUCUCCAAUGAUAUCACGAUCGAAAAAAUCACCGUGGGAUUCUUCAGGUUUAAUAGCUGUGAAUACUGAACUUCGAAUUGUCAGUGAAGAUGAUGAUAAAGGUGGAAAAAAUCUGGGUAUCAACGAAACUGGAGAAAUUGUGGUGAAGGGGCCGCAAGUUAUGAAAGGGUACUACAAAAAUCCUAAAGGCACAGAGGAUUGCAUGGAUGGCAACUGGUUCAAAACAGGAGAUUCGGGAUAUAUCGAUGAUAAGGGACAAUUGUUCAUUACUGGACGCCUGAAGGAGCUGAUCAAAGUGAAAGGAUUGCAAGUGGCUCCAGCUGAACUGGAAAAUCUCAUCUUCAGUCACGAUAAAGUGGAGGAUGUCGCAGUGAUAGGAACACCUCACGUUAAAUGGGGAGAAGUACCAAAGGCAUUCGUUGUGCCGAAGUCGGGUAUUAAAAUUACCGAGGAAGACAUAAAAAAUUAUGUGGCGCAACGGCUUUCAAAGUAUAAGCACCUCCAUCACGUUGAAUUCAUUGAUAAAAUCCCGAAAAGCGCAGCGGGCAAGAUUCUUAGGAAGGAACUUUCAAAAGUGUAGCACGAAAUUGUUUUUAAUCCUGUUGGCCCAUACAGAUCUUACAUGAAUGCUAACGCAAUUAGAGAAAAUAGGAUAAGAUAAUAUGUCUAUUGUUUAGGAGUUUAAACAAAAUACGAAGAAGUAGAAACAGGUGAAUAAGAGAAAGGUGAUAGAGUUAAUGUGAUAUGAUCCAUCGUUCAUUUUCCUUUUUCACUUUGUUAUACGGACAUUAAUAAAAAAUUGUUAACGUUA